UACGGGUGUACGGAGCGCUGGGGGAGAGGGAGGAACAUGGCGGCGCCCGGUGGCGGGGUGGAGGCGGAGGAGGCGGCGGGUCCGGCUUUGGGAAAGCUGGAGGAGGAGGCGAGGAGGCGGCGGGAGAGGUUGCGGGCUCUGCGGCAGCGCACGCUUCAGAAUAAGGAUGGCGGCGAACGUGAGAACAAGCAGUUCAGAGACGACGAGGACGAGGAGACCGUAAAGCACAAGGAGCUCAAACUGCGAAACUACGAACCCGAAGAUGAGGAGCUGAAGAAGAGGAAGGUGCCCCAGGCCAAGCCGGCCUCAGUGGAAGAUAAGGUGAAGGACCAGCUGGAGGCUGCCAAGCCGGAGCCCAUCAUCGAUGAGGUGGAUCUGGCAAACCUGGCCCCCAGGAAGCCAGACUGGGAUCUGAAGCGAGAUGUAGCCAAGAAACUGGAGAAGCUGGAGAAGAGGACGCAGAGAGCCAUCGCUGAAUUGAUACGAGAGCGGUUGAAAGGGCAGGAGGAGGAACUGGCGUCUGCUGUUGAGUCAGCAAAGCAGGAGGGAAGUGACUCCGACUGAGGAGGUCUGUCCGGCAGCCUCGGGCACGGGCUCUGCCUCUGCCAGCACCACCGAUCCCGUUGCUCUCAGGUAGAGGCACCUCUCCAGGACACGCUGCUCACCUACGCUUUGCCAGGAGCCCGUGAAUCCUACCAUGCCUGAAGGAGAGGGACAGAUCCAAGGAGCCCUGCUGUACUCUCUAGGACUAUGGCUGUUCCUCCAUUGAGGAACAUUUCACAGAGCUUUUUGGGGAUCACGGGGGGCUGAUGGGAGCGGGACAGACACCCACGUUAGCAUGAACCUAGGCUGCCAGGGCAAGGAAGGCGUGGGCAGAAGGGCGAGUGCCAGAGAAGGUAAAUCCAGGCUAACUCUCCUCUCACUUGAUGGGUGAGCAAGAAGAUGCCCACACAGCCUACAGCAGCCCUUAGAGAGGCGCUGCCAUUUCCCUGGGGACCGAUGCUCCUGUCCCUGCUCAGAGAUGCCUCUCUCAGGGCGCUCCUGUCUGCAGAAGAGCCGGUGUAACAGCCACGCGGGGAACAAGGGGGGCUCUCGCUCUGGAGAGCUGGCUGUGAGUAUUUGGCAACGUCCGUGGUCAGACCCAGCACAUGCAGAAUAACUGCUGGAAGUGGCUGCGUGGCUCAGGGCCUGCUGGCUGCUCCGCGCCCAGCUGAGGUUAACGUGGGGUUUGUUCCGUUCCCUGAGGUUUCCCGACCCUCCAGGCUGUGCAGCGUGUACCGCUCCUCUGUGCGUUUUAUAAUUGACAAAGUUUGGUGUUAAAUCUUUUCGUAAUAAAACAGUCCCGCAGCGGAAGAA